AUGAUCGCAUUACUAGCAUUUCUAACGUUACUCGCCGCGAUUGUUCGUGGCGGUUUGCUGGAAAAAUACGCCAAUGCACCCGGAAACGUAUAUCACGGUAGAUAUACGCGGGACAUUCACGGGCCGGAGCUCCUGAUACCGAGACGCGUAUUCGAGGAUGGCAGCUUCAGCACGUAUUCCCUGCCGAAUUUCUAUAACCGUCGGGAGAUCAGUGAGCGCGGAAAGCGAUCCCCCGGGCCGACCGAUAAAUUGCACCUGGUGCUGCCCUUCAACGGGAUCGAUCACCACGUGGAGCUCAACCCGUACCAUGAAUUCAUCUCGCCCGACAUGGUGGUGGAGACACGGGGCGCCGGGAUCAGUACUAAUCUAAACGAGGGCUUGAGAUUCAAAAGGGUGGCCGACCGGCAGUGUCACUAUCGCGGCAUCGUUCGGGGCCAUGACAAUUCCAGGGCAGCGCUGUCUCUUUGCGACGGCGUGGCUGGUUACGUGCAAACUAAUCACGGACGAUACUUUAUCGAGCCAGUGUAUCAGGCAGAACCCAAAACAGACGGUCAACACAUUCACAUAGCGUACAAGCGAGAUGCGCCGUUUGAGAAAAACAGACAAACCAACGCUAUAUCGAAAAGACAUUGUGGGACUAGUGACAACUGGGAGUCGGCGUGGGCGGAGCAGCUGGCUAAAAGGCAAAUACGGCUAAUGGAAAAUAAUACUCUCGAUGCGAAUCGCGAUACUAAAAUAUCCCCGGGCACGCACAGCAUACACCGUUACAUAGAAAUUGGAUUAAUCGCUGAUCGGAGAUUCCUCGAUUUUCACAACAAUACGGAUUACGAGCAGUAUCUCUUGACGAUCAUGAAUAUGGUAUCCGACUUUUAUCACGACACUUCUGUGGGAAAUCAGAUAGACGUCGUCUUAGUACGCGUGAUAUAUUUGGAAAAAGAGAAAGAGGAGAUAGAUCUGCUCAUCAGUCCGGCUGCCGAGAACACAUUGGAGAGUUUCGCGAAAUGGGCGGAGAAGAUGAAUCCAAAGGAUGACACGCAUCCCAAUCAUUAUGAUAUCGCGGCGCUAGUUACUAGGUAUGAUAUUUGCUCGGAGGGAACCAAUUGCGACUUGAUGGGUCUGGCUCAUGUCGCUGCGGCUUGCGACUCAGCAAAAGCUGCUUGUAUCAACGAAGAUAGUGGACUUUUGCUCGGCAUCGUGAUUGCUCACGAAGUUGGUCAUGUAAUGGGUUGCUCUCACGAUGAGCCUGAGAGCAGCGGAUGCCCAUCGAAAGAUACGGACGAUAGCUACUUUAUUAUGUCCCCUAUCGUGUUUUUAUACACCAUUAGAUGGUCGAGCUGCAGCAGAAGAUUUAUAACAGCUUUUCUUGAGAGCGGAUUGGGUGAAUGUUUGAAUGACAACCCAAGAAAUCCUCCAGAAAAGUUGAAAUAUCCGAACAUGUUGCCAGGUGCAAUGUACGACGCUGCCUUUCAAUGUGACAUGCAGUUUCCUGGCUCGAAAGUGUGCUCGCAAUCGCAAGCGAGCGGCUGCGAAACCCUAUGGUGCUUGACCAACACAAGUUGCUGGUCCCUGGGGACGCCGAAGGCGGAUGGAACAAAGUGCGGUGAGAACAAGUGGUGCAUUCACAAGAAAUGCGUGGACAUGGGCACUCGACCGGCCGCCGUGCACGGCGAAUGGGGCGAGUGGGGUCCCCUGAGCUCUUGCAGCAGAACCUGCGGCGGCGGGCUGAAAUUUUCCGAGAGGGAAUGCGACCGGCCAGUACCGGCGAACGGCGGUCGAUACUGCACCGGCGAGAGAAAGAGGCUUUUCACUUGUAACACCACGCCCUGCGAUCCGACGAAACCGCCGUACCGCGCAGCGCAGUGCUCGGAACACGACAACGAGGAGAUCCUGACGGACGGGCUUCAUCAAUGGAAGCCGUACAUGGACCCGAAAUUAGAACCGUGCGCGCUUUACUGCAUCAACGAGAAGAACACUUUCGUGAAGAUUUCGCCGACAGCGAACGAUUCGACACCCUGCAAAGCCGGGACCAACUACAUGUGCAUCUCCGGAACGUGCAGGAAGGUUGGAUGCGAUUGGGUGAUAGACUCGGACGCGAUUGAGGACAAAUGUGGUAUCUGCAAAGGCGACGGGACAAAAUGCAGCCCUGUGGAGGGUGAAUUCACUGAAACAGUGUCGUCGAGCGCGUAUGUGAAGAUCGUGACAAUUCCGAGGGGGGCUCGCAGCGUGCACAUUUCCGAGAGAAAACCCAGUGAGAACAUACUGGCCGUGCUACUGGAGAAAAAUAAAAUAUAUUGCCUCAAUGGAGACAACCGUGAGUUUAAGAGCGGAGAUUACGAGUGCGCUGAAACGAUGAUUAUCUACACGCAUCCAGAACCGGACAAGGAAAUAGUGGAAAUGAAAGGCCCGAUAUCCGAAGAUAUCGUAAUACAAUACGUCUUCUUCAAUCCCAAAGACAAUCCCGGAAUAGAUUACAAAUACUACACGAGAUCGACGAAUGUAUCGUACGCGCCUAAAUAUAUGUGGGAUUUCGUGGAGUGGUCCGAGUGCAGCGCUAAAUGCGACGGUGGCACGAUGAUAUCCGAAACGUCCUGCAUUGAGGAGCAGGGUGGGCGGGUGACGCCUAACUUCUGCGACGGAAUACCGCGUCCGGAAGCAAAGAGCCGCAUCUGCAAUCAGGUCCCUUGUCCUGCAAAAUGGCGAGUGAGUCAGUGGAGCAAAUGCAGCGCAUGCGACGGAAAGAAGGGUAUGAGGCAUCGUAAGGUCCAGUGUGUAAGACCGAGUGCUCGACCCGGAGAAGACGAUGUGCAAGCGAAUUUGGACGCGUGCAAAGGUCGCGUGCCGAGACAAAAAGAAGAAUGCAUAGGUAAAAGACCGUGCAAAACGAUGUGCCCGAAGCAAACUCGACAAUCCGAUGAGCAGGAGCUCGUAGACGUGAAAAAGGAAGCGAGCUUAUCUCCGGACGAUCAGCGAAAGAUGAUCGACAGAUUCGUCGACCUCGGUCUAGCCCAUUACUCGGAGAAGGCUCGUGACAGGUUGCACGAUGACGACAAGCUCGAAGAGACGAGCGCCGCCCGGGACUUCCGACAGCUUCUUUACGACUGGGCGAUGACAAACGAGGACAAGCGUAAGCGUACCUGCGAGACGGACGAGAGAUUCACUACGCUGAAGCCAGGAUCCAUCAUCAAGGAUUCGAUACCUAUCGAGAAGAUUGUACUGCUGCAGGCGCCAUACAUGGAUGAAUCCCUGCAGUCUAAUCUGUCGGACAAGGCGUUCCAGGAAGCCGGCGAUCUCGUCGGCGUUGGCAUUGACACGAGCCGGGAGAAGGUUUACAAGGGCGCGCAGGCGAUCAAACUUAUCGAGCAGUUAGCUCAUCGUAAACUGACAACGAGCCCGCGGGCCAUUUCCAGUCUCGCAGAGAGCGCAGAUCUUAAUCAAGCAGUCGACACCGCGUCGGAAAAAAACAUUGAGCGAUAG